AUGGAGUCGCCCGAGUCAGAACGAUCGCGUGUGCCCAAAACAGCGUUGCUUGGUGCCGGAAGUAUCGGGGUGAUUGGAGUGAAUGUUGAGCUGGCGGCUGUGGCUGAGCUUGGAGUGAGCGAAAAUUCCGAUGGAGUGGUAAUCGAAGACGUUUCGCCCGAUUUGCGAAGAUCCAGCUUCGGCUUGCGGGUGUACAGUCUUCUCAACGAAGGUUUCUUUGAUGUGUCUGGUCCAGCAAGAACAGGAAGCGAAGUGGUGAGGAAUGGCAUUUUUGCAGCCCUGUCAUCUUUGUGGACGUCUGGUUGGACCAUUCUUGGAGCCUCUAGCUGCUGCUCCUUGGACUUUUCUUCUCUCUUGAGAGAGCGACUACGGAAUAGCCGUGACACCCUUCCAGGUCCCGCUGAAACCUUUUUAUCGUCCUCAGAAGCUUCCGCGGGAACAUCCGAUGAGGCUGUAGGGGUGCAGUUAACAAACAGGAACUCCUUUGGGUUUCCCUCCUUGUUGACCUUUGGCUUGAUGUUUGUCUUGCGGAAUCCAUGUUUGUUUGUUUUUGCAGAGGAAUCCUUCAUCACCAGGUUUUGA